GGUUUGUGGUAUGAAUUUGUAGACAUGAGGAUUUGGCUGUGCCUGAUAGGAUGGAUUCUGCUGGACCCACAGGGUCAGGGACAUGCAAGACUCCAAGGUCAGAGGAAUUGGUUGCUAAAGGGUGUGAGAAGACGUGGCCUCACCCGUGGAGAUGGCACACAUCCUACAGGUGUAAAGCGACCCGGCUCCAUUAGCCGCGGGGACGUCUUUGAGGUGGACGAGUACACUGACCUGAUCGAUCCCAACACCCUGUCAAAAAAUGCCGGCUUACCCCACAAGAUCCACCCACCACUUGCUAAAGGCAGCAAGGAAGCAAAGCCAGACUCUACCUCAAAACUUCUAGAUGAGAAUAUCACCACUGAGAAAAGCACUCCUGACAAAGGGAUUCCUAAAAAGCCUGUCUAUAACACCAUUUUUGACGUGGACGAUCCUUCCAUUUUGAAAAAAACUGGAGAAAACUCAAGCUCCACUGGCCCUGAUUCCAAUCUGUUACAGGAAGGAGAGGAGAGAGUGACAUCAACUGUCCCGAAUGUGGUUCUCACAGAUAGGACAGGUGGCCUGGUGCGAGGCUCAGAUGGGAAGAUGUAUCACUUUCGUCAAGGCCCUCCAGGGCCAAUGGGGCCACCUGGGGAGCCAGGUUGUCCAGGCAGUGUGGGCUAUCCUGGGUUCAAAGGUGAAAAGGGAAGUGUCGGACCAGAGGGUCGUCCUGGUCGGGUUGGUAACCCAGGUCCCCAAGGACCACCAGGACCUCCCACUUUAUAUCUAUGGAAGAACACAGCAGAGGAGUGGGCUUACUUCCAGCAAACAUCAUUCUUUCAGCUGUUGUAUGCAGGUUGGCCUAGAGAGCUGGGGUUACCUGGGCCACAGGGAGAAUUGGGAAAACCAGGCCCACAGGGACCACCGGGUGAACCUGGAGAAAGAGGACCGUCAGGCCGUACGGGAGAUAUGGGUGACCCUGGCCUCCCAGGUGUGCCUGGCUUACCAGGGGUUCCUGGGAAAGAUGGAGAAAAUGGCAUGAAAGGACAGCAGGGGACGCCUGGAAUGCCUGGCCCAAAGGGCCCUCUUGGCUAUAAAGGAGAAUUUGGUUUACCUGGUGAAAAAGGAGAUGAGGGACCUAUUGGAGCAGAGGGUCGCAGUGGAGAUGUAGGGGAACCUGGAGAGAAAGGAUAUAAAGGACUGCUCGGACCACCUGGUCCUAUCGGCUCUCGAGGGCCACAGGGGAUUAGGGGGAUUGAGGGCCUUGAGGGCCCUCCAGGGACAGAUGGGGACGAUGGCUUCGACGGUCCACCAGGUUCAUCAGGUCCACAAGGCCCUCCAGGUAUCACAGGGUUUGUAGGUGCUCAGGGCAUAAAUGGCUCAAGGGGGGAUCCUGGGCCUGCAGGAAGCACUGGUCCCCCAGGGCUCCAGGGUGCCCAAGGACUGGAGGGACAGAUAGGGCCUCCAGGGCCACGGGGCCCACAGGGUCAACCUGGCAGAGAAGGCAUACCUGGCCCAAAAGGAGAUCCUGGACUUAUUGGGCCAACAGGACUUCGGGGAGAAACAGGAUUUGAGGGCCCCAUGGGUGCAUUAGGAGCUCAAGGUUCUAAAGGAUUUGUAGGUGUUAGUGGUAAAAGGGGACCUGAGGGAGACAAAGGAGAAGCCGGACCAAAGGGUGACAAAGGUAUUAAAGGAGACCCAGGGCUACAGGGUCAACAGGGUGAACAGGGACCCACUGGUUUUACAGGUUUUUCAGGGGUCAAAGGUCUGCCUGGGCCAAGGGGAAUACAGGGAGAAGAUGGAGACAUGGGUCCACAAGGCAAAUCAGGAAAGGAGGGGAUAAAGGGCAACAGGGGAUCAGAGGGCUGUCAGGGAAAGCCAGGACCAAGGGGACCAAUGGGUCGUACAGGGCAAAGAGGUCAUGCUGGAAUGCCUGGACCUCCGGGAUUUCCAGGUCUUCAAGGAGGAUUCGGGGCUGAAGGAAAGCCUGGUACACAGGGACCCCAAGGUGCUACAGGUAACCCAGGGGAAAAAGGACUAAUGGGCUUGCAUGGCAGUGCUGGAGAGCCUGGUAUGGACGGUCCAACUGGAUAUCCUGGUCCAUCUGGACAAGAAGGACCCCGGGGCAGUCCAGGUCCACCAGGAGAGAGGGGUUUCUCAGGAAAGCCAGGAGCAGUGGGGCCUCAGGGCCCUGUUGGCAUGUAUGGUUUUACAGGAAGCACAGGCACACGAGGAAGACCAGGAAGCAUGGGAGAACAGGGAGAACCAGGUGUGAAAGGACCACCAGGACCCAGUGGAAAGCCUGGACCUGCAGGACUAACCGGUCCACCUGGAGUGAGAGGUCCUCAAGGACCACAAGGCAGGCAAGGGGAUCCUGGGCCUCAAGGAAUAGACGGCGCACGUGGUCCUCCAGGGCUACAGGGAGUUGAUGGGAUGAUGGGAAGACCAGGGCCUUAUGGCAGUAAAGGAGUGCCAGGAGAUCCAGGCCCAAGAGGGCCUCCAGGUAUCUCAGGCUCUCAGGGUGAAAAUGGGUUGCCUGGACCAGCUGGGGACAGGGGGGAGAAGGGAAUAAUGGGCCAUCAUGGUGAUAUGGGGCCGUCUGGACUCGAAGGUGAACAGGGUCCACCGGGUCUAUUCGGACAGGAGGGACCGUUGGGGAGAAAAGGGGAUCAGGGAGAACAAGGCCUCUGUGGUAACCUUGGUCCCCAGGGACAGAAAGGAGACAGGGGCCCACAGGGUACAAAAGGUCUGCAGGGUCUACCUGGACAGCUUGGAAAAGAGGGAGAUGUUGGUAAACUUGGAGAUCCUGGCUAUCCUGGGCCUGAAGGGGAAAAAGGUGAAAGAGGCCCUCAGGGGAUGACUGGUUUAGAAGGGCCCUGGGGCGCUGUAGGAGAAAGAGGAGCAAGGGGAACAAAAGGAGACAAGGGCAAUGUUGGGCUUCUGGCUGAGCCAGGUCUUAUGGGUGAAGUUGGACCUGGUGGGUUGAAAGGACUUCCUGGAGAAGCAGGACCACCAGGGCCAGUAGGAGCAAAUGGACCACCAGGGGACAAGGGGGAGAUGGGGUCAUCUGGCUUGCCUGGUAUGCCUGGAAUUACUGGGCCUCAGGGAAUAGCUGGUGUGCCAGGAGUUAGAGGAGACACUGGAAAACCUGGACAACAGGGUACUGAAGGGCCUGUAGGUCCUAAAGGAGAUGUUGGGCCAAAAGGCUAUGCAGGGCCAGAGGGAGAGAAAGGAGAGCCAGGGAUCCCAGGAGAAACAGGAGAGCAGGGACCAGAGGGCCUUCCAGGUAUUCAAGGGCCCCCUGCAUUGCCUGGUUUAGAGGGACCACCAGGAGAGUCAGGACUUCAGGGACCACCAGGUCCACCAGGAUCCCCGGGAAAGAUGGGUCGACAAGGACCAGAGGGAAGACAAGGCAUGAAAGGAGACAGGGGAGAUGAUGGCAUUAAUGGACCACUAGGAAAGAUGGGUCUCAUUGGUAGGAAGGGAAAAAAAGGCAAAACUGGUUUGAGGGGCACAAGAGGACCAAGAGGAGAAAAGGGAGAGAAAGGAGAGAUGGGUGAGAAAGGACUCCUAGGAUGGGAAGGGUCUAUGGGUAUUUUAGGUCAACAAGGAGAUACGGGUGAAGAAGGUGCAAAAGGAGAAGAGGGAGAGAAGGGUGAUCAAGGGCCACCUGGUCCACCAGGAAAAGAUGGCUUAAAGGGAAACCAGGGUCCUUUUGGUCUACCUGGACUACCAGGACCAAAGGGGGAUCAGGGUAGUAUUGGUAUAUCUGGUCCAAGAGGGACGCCUGGCAUACCAGGACUACCGGGCUUGUUUGGAGCAAAGGGUUUAAAGGGUUUACAGGGAGCUCCUGGGCCAGCUGGAAAGAGGGGCCUUCCGGGACCACCUGGACCCCCAGGACCUCCGGGCCUCACUGUGAACCUUACUAUUACCCAAAUUAAAGAUUUGAUGUAUGUCUCAGACAAGCCCAACUACUCACUCAUCCAGGUGCUCUUAGAUUCACUGAACCAUGACCUGAGGCUGUUGCUGGAUCCACCUGAUGGCAGUAAAGAACAUCCAGCCUCCACUUGCCUGGAACUGUGGCUGUGCCACCCCAACUACACCAGUGGGUUCUAUUAUAUCGACCCGAAUCAGGGCAGCACUGCAGAUGCUCUUUUGGCUUACUGUGACUUCUCUGAGUCAAGGGCAGAGACAUGUCUUCACCCUAGAACUGCACAGCUACCGUUGAGAGCAUGGUUGAAUGACUCUGUAUCAGAUAGUGCUUUCUACUGGCUCAGCUCCCUUCACAGGGGCUUUGCGUUUGAAUACACAGGUCUCACUGUGGUCCAGGCCAGAUUUCUGAGACUUCAGAGCAACCGGGCAGAGCAGAGAGUGACUUAUUCCUGCUAUCCCGGACACAGAUUGGGACAAACACAGAGACAAGCACGCUUUCUCACCAGCUCAUUACAGCAGAGCUACCAGGGGACCCUUCAGGACUGUGUGCCUGCCAAGGAAGUGGAUCCUGGACCACGGGUGUCUGUACUUCAGUUUGAGGAUAAAGACCUGCUCCCUCUGCGGGACAUUGCAGUCUUCGCCAGCAGCAGCCUUUCACAUGAGUUUGGCUUCACUGUGGGCCCCGUGUGUUUCAGCUAGAGUGUGAGAGAGAGAACGAGAUUGUUUUAACGAGUAAAAUCUCACACACAAAUGGCAGCAAAAAAAGACAGAGGUAAUCUGUUCAACAUGAGGAUAAACGGAAGGGCUGUGGUUUGUACCUCAUGUCCAUUACAAUCCUCACUACACGUUAAUGACACUUUAAGAGAGCACAUUUUACUGGUGCUCCUCAACAAUUGACCAUCUUUUUUGUUUACACAUAUUAGCAUUUUGUAAAUUAUAUUCUGUUUUGUUUUUGUUUUUUGUAGUUUUUGACUGUGGAUUUUAUUUUAAUUUUUUUUUUUAACUUUACGGCAUUUCAGUAAUGUGGGAAGCCAAAGUGUUCAUGUAACCACUGUGUGGUUGCACAGUGUUUAACUGAAGAACCAGAAAAUGUUUCCAGAUUAUAUAUACACUUCAGAUACAGUACAUCUUGAUUAGUAUCAUUUUAUUCAUUUUUUUCAAGCUUUCCUAUUUGAUAUAGAAGAUUUUUCUAGUAAAACAAUGUGUUGUGAAAGGAACACAGCUUUGGCCUGAUCUUUGUGUGACUGUAUAAGACAAAUUAUACAGUCUGAUAUGAUUUCCCCUUUACAGUGCUUAGCAUUAUGUAUGUUGGUUUUAGAAUUAAUUGGGAUGUUUUGCAGCUGAUCGUUAAUCUUAUCACUGCUAAAUUGUCAUGUUUGAAAUAUUUUUUCAUUUUUCAGGUGCUAAAAUGUAACAUAGCAGGGAAAUGGAACUACUGUGCUGUACUUACUGUUAUGUUUAUUACAGUUACAUAACAAAGCAUGACAAGGUUCGCUGUUAAAGAGAAAUAAUUAACGAUGGGGGGCUUUAUUCAUUUUGUACCACAGCACUUUGCCAAUGCUAACUAUUUUUUUUAUUACCUAAUGACACAUCAUGGUUUUUAUUGAUUUGUAGUUGUAUUUACUGUAUGUUUUGGAAUGUCCACAUUACAUGCAUUGUAGCAGACACAACCCUUCAUUCCCUCAGGAGCACAUGCAGGUUGCCACAACCCUUAAGCAGUUAAGUUAAUUUCUAGUCAGCAAGUUUUAGCUGUGAUAAAUAGUCAUUGCCUUACCAGAUCUGACUGUCUCUCUCUCUAUCCGUCUUUCUCAAAAAAAAAAAAAAAAAAUCUCAGUAUGAUCUUACUGAGAAUCCAGAAAGCAUAAACUGUUCUGUCCUGAAGACUUUCUUCUGAGUGUUCCAAAGCACUUACAACUGAGAUUCCUUCCACAAAUUUUAAAUAAACACCGUAUCUCCUAAAAAAACCAACAACAAAUCAAUGACUAUACAUUUUACAUUCUUAAGCAACAAAGUUUUUUAUGUGAAACAUCUGCUAAACAACUGCCUCAGUAUGAGAUGAUACUUUAGAAACAAUAAUAUAUUAUAACGAGCACAUUAAGCCGUAUUAAAUGUUACAGCCAAAAGUAUUAUCUAACCAUGCCAUUAUAUGUAUAUUGCGCACUGACCUACCAGCUUUGCAAACUCUGACAGACUAAAUAUUAAUCAACAUCUUCUGACCAAACAGAAUGAAGCAUUCAGCAGUGCUGUGGUAUAAUUUAACACAUGACCAAAUACUUUAUUGUACUGUAGCACAGAUACAAGAAAGAAAGUCAUGCUCUUGAUUUGUGCUUUGAACAGAUAUAAAAAAUUGUCUUAAGUGGUAAAAAUAAUCAUUCUUUUACAGUUUAGAUGGUAUACAUCUCCUGGUUAGGAAAAAUAAGGUUUCCGUUAUUAUCCGUAAUGUUAUGUAGGCCUCAGGGAGCAUGUGGCAUGCCAUAGUUCUGAAAAUAUGUUUAGGUGCUUGAAAAAAAUCAAUGAAUCCAUAUUCUUUAUAUGAGAAACUUGUUAAAUGUCAUUAAAGAACUCAUUAUAAUCACCAGGGAACACCAAUCACAAGGUCACCUUACAUACAACCGCAUACUAUAAUGAUUUCAACUUAUUUAGCGGAAUUUAACAAACAUGACUUUGGACUCUUACUUUAUAAUAAAUAGUUUCAUUGU